UCCUGCAGCAGCAUACUGUAGCUGCAGGUAAAGGAGUCUAAACUCUCAGGUGUCAGGACUUCAAGCUGGAGCCCCUACUCUGAAACAUUCAGGGUCCUCUCUUGCUGGUCUCAUGGCUUUCUUCACCAACGUCACUAUCCUCCUGGUGCUGGCCUGCGUUUCCCACCAGCUGAUGUCGGGCAGCUGUCAGAAGGGUCACGGCCGGAGGGGGCGAGGGGCGGACAGAGGUCACGGGCACAAGGACAGGUCGGGGCCCAAGGUGGGCCGCCCGCCCAAAGCCGCCUCCGCGCAGCCCAUCAAGGGGAAGCUGGUGACCAAAGACAAGUCCGAGUGCACCUGGGCCGCGGCGGGCGACGACCUCCUCGUCCUGGGGGCCACGUGCAGGAAGGGGGGCGCGAGCGUCAGCUGCGAAUACGUUGCCAGACCGUCCCUGUGUCCCCGGUACGCGUCCAACGUCGAACUCUACUGGAAGCAAAUCGCGAGGGCGCUGAAGAAGCAAAGGAACCUGUGCCGGGACAGCAAGCCGCUGGUCAGGGCGGGCAUGUGCAGGGGAGCUGCCAGAGGUGCUCAUUUCAGACUCCGCGGCCGCGGCGGCGGCGCAGGCGCAGGGAGGACGACCGCCCCGCCCCGCUCCCCGCCCACCGCCGCCGCUGCCGCCAAGUCCUGUCAGCCUGGCAACAAGAAGCUGGCGGAGGAAUACUGCAGCGACUCCUGGUCGAGUUUCUGCACGUUCUUCUUCACGAUGGUGAAGGACGACGACUGCUGAGACGGAACUUCAAGGCCUCUCCGCUGUCACGUGUCAUCACACUGCAGGCCCCAUAUAUGCUCGCUGCGUAGCAAAAAUGUUCACCUAUUUACAAGAACUAACAUUUUAACUCAUGCACAGAUUCGAAGUAAAUCUUCCCAUUAUUACCCUCCAAUAAAUACGUUUGGAUUUCAAACUGAUUUUUUUUUUUUUUUUUAAACGUUGCUCUACUGUUUGAGAAACAUUUCCCGGGGUGAUAAGUUGCAUCUUAAGAAAAUACUAAAAUGAUUGGUGAGAGGAACUGUAAGCUUUGAAUAAAAAACUCAUUGCUCUC